UUAAUACUCGGGAACAAAUAAUUAGAUUGAAGCAAAACAAGAUGCAGACAUCCUUUAUAAAAAUAUCGCUUCUUGUUUGCUUAUGCUGUGAUGUUAUUAUUCUUCGAGCUCUGGCGGAUAUUGGGACGGCAAAGGCUUAUCCUUCUCCAUACCUACCAACGAGAUGCAGCGGUAAAGACGAGAAUCAAUUGCCGUCGGACGGAUAUUUUGCAGCGGUGUCAGAGGGGCUUUGGGACAAUGGAGGUGCAUGCGGUAGGAAAUACAGAGUACGGUGCAUAAGUGGACCGAGCCAUCCUUGCAAAGGUGAAGACAUAGUGGUGCUGGUUGUUGAUCAUUGUCGUGGCACCUCAUGCCCAGCAACAAUGGCCCUCUCCAUUAAAGCCUUUAAGGUCCUCUCCAGAUUUACCAACGUCCAAAUCAACAUCGAAUUUAUGCAGGUUUAAUCGUCAUGAUUAAUUGAUCAUGGAGUAGCCGAUCGAGCAAGCAUCAUGAUCAGUUGCAAGAGAAUCUUGUCAUGUCCUAUAUAAUUUGUUUGGCGUUAAUUUGAUAUAUAAUUUAUAGAUAUUCUCUUGCUGAAUCGUAUGUAUAUAUAUAAAUAUAUAUAAUAUUUGUUAA